CCGACUGAUGACGUAUCACGAGUACACGGGAACGCAAGUACGCACAAGUACGCAUAUUGAUAAACGCCCUUGGUCUCCGACUGAUGACGUAUCUGGCGCCAUCUAGCGCUUAAACCACGUGACUGUUUUGAUUCGGAUGACAAUUAAUAUCCUCCAAAGCAGCAGGGGGCGGCAAAUAUAACCCUGCAAGUAUUAAAUGUGCGCGUGACACAAUACGCAAACGGCAACUGUAUCAGCAGUGGAUGCUGGAUGUUUGCAAAGCCUGGUUUCUUUAAUUCUCAAAGACAACUUUGCUAGCAGCGGAUUUCAGUAACAGUUCCUAAAAUGACAACUUGCAAGCCGAUAGAAUUUUGGAUUUGAGAGACAAUGGCGGCAAACUGGGCCGAGAGGAUUUCUGCUUUCUCCCGCAGACCGUCCGGCUUCCUCUCCGGGACCACCGCGGAGGCUUUCCUGGCGGAGUUGCUCCGAGAGCUCCGCGAUGACAGAGCCACUUACAGCGUUAAGAUCCUCCUGCUAUCGCCGCUGUGUGAGCACUCGACUCUGCUGUGUUGUUCGGACUCUGUGGGUGAGGAGACAGCCCUGGAGCUCAUGUCAGUAUUCGUCCAGUGUCCUCCUAAGUCUGUCCAGUUUCGUUGUCACCUCCUCCUGGCUCUCACCUCGGUCCUCAUCUGCACUUCCUGUGUGAAGAGCCACUCCCGUGCAUCUCUAGACUUUCUGGAUGUGCUCCUUCAAAUAGCCCAGGACACCAGCGACAUCCAUACGGAUGGCAGGCAGCGUCCUCUUCGGGCAACAGCCUGCGAGUGCCUGCGGGAACUGGAGGCCUGCUGCCCUGGCCUCCUCUCCCAGCGCCUUGAGCUCUUGGGUGGGCUCCGGCAGCAGGAAACAUCAAGGCUCCACCAGGCUUACGCAGAGCUUUACACUCUGGUGUUAAGAAAUGCCAUCUAUCAGCUCACCCAGGAAACAGGAGCUGGUGCUGAGCACCUUAAAGCCCUUCUGGGAGGGAACACAUCAGCUGCAUGGGAAGCAGACCAGGAGUCAGACCUGACAAGCAGCAAGGACUCAGCCAUACUGUCUUCUCUCAUCCUGGGACCCAUGGGUACAGUACCGACUCUGCACACCGGCCCUGACUGUAAGGAGCUGCGAUCAGUCCUCUCCACCCUCCUGGAUGAGUCCUACCUGCUCACUCCUCUGUGUCAGGCUACACUAUUACAUAGACUGACAGAGGUGGUUGCCAUGGUGCCUGGAGUCCCUCCAGCUAUAUUCAGGACUCACCUGCUGCGGCUCCUGGGCACCAGUGAGGUGAGCCUCCUUCAUGCCACUCUGCUGCUGAAGUGUGCCUUCACAGACAGCCUGUUCAGCUCUGAAGACGAAGCCUUCAUCCUCAAACGGCUGGUGGUGCUCUCCCAGCACCCGCUCCUGAGCACGCCUGAGAAACUCUUCUACAUGGACUGCAUCCUGCACUUCCCGGAGAACCGGCCCAUCAGCUGCAGCGACGGUGACGAGACCCUCCCCGUGCUCCUCACGCCGCAGCUCGCUUCAGCUCUGGUGCCCACCGUGUUUAAUGACAGCACCACCCUGCUUGCCCGGUUCAACAUGCUAUCCCUAGUGUACCUGGAGGAGGGGGAGGAAGGCCAGGGAGGCCAGGGGCUGGCCUACCUCUACAAGCACCUGAGCUCGCUGCUGAGCAUGGUGGAGAACGGAUGCAGCAGAGAGCUCAUUGUCACCUUCUUCAGAGCGGCCUUCCUUUUCCUGUAUUAUUUCUGCCACGUGGAGCGCUACUCCAACGACCUGACCAAGCAGCUGUGUCAGCUCUACUUCCACCACACCAAGCUGGCUCCACAUCUCAUCAACCUGGCUGACCAGACCCAGGACAGACUGUCUGAGUCCAGCUGGUCUGUGGGGCUCCUCAAAGCUCUGCAGAGGGUCAUUACUGAGGCUCCACUCACCCAGCUCACCUCACACGACCUCAGCCGGCACCUCAAGAUGCUGGUCCGAGUGGCGGACGAAGGAGAGAUCAUCCAGCAAAGCACCCUCACCUUCCUCUCCAGCAUCAUCACACCCUCGUCAUCCUCAUUGUGCACAGGUGGCGAUUGGCGUCUGGGAAACGACAUUCUCAGGGUCUGCCGCCGUCUGCUCGUCCACCCAAGUCUGGAUUCGCUGCUGACUCCUCUGGCUGAUGUCCUGCACCUCAUCUGCCACUACGCAGACAUGGAGAUCCAGGACCACGCCCGUCUCUACUACACCCUCCUGACCACGCUGUCAAGGGAGAAGCUGGCUGGGGUGUUGGCACAGGGCAUGGAAGAGGGAGGGCGUCAGGUCAAGAAGCAGUCACUGUCCUGCCUCAUGGGUGAGGGGCUGACAAGCACACUGACCAUCCAGCAGACAGAGAGAGCUGUAUUCAGGCUGAUCGAGGCUCCUCCUGAGCCACGAGCAGGAGACAUAAAUUCAAAUGAAGUGGAGACAGGCCCGGGGGAGGCAAGCGCAUUGGUGGAGGCCUACAGAGAUCAAUUCAGUGACUCCAGCUUUGCUUCAGAGAUCACAUUACAGUACCAGCUGGUCCACAUCAACUCUCACGACUGCCACUUUGAUCAACUCUUCAGCAUCCACCUUCACUUCAGCCUCACAGACCAUCACUACGAGGAGCUGGGCGACAUCAGCGUCCCGUGUCUUCUGAGAGAGAGGCCGUCGACCAUAGUUCAGCUCACACUGAAGCCCAGGAAGCCUUACCCCACCAGCCUCCACGCCAGCGCCAUCUUCACCUCCCCAGAUGGCCAUACGUGGCACACCACCCUACCUGACAUCCACGUGGCUUUCCAGCAAACUUUCCUGCCUCUGCCUGUCCCCUCAAGCUGGGGACGAGGUGGCACACUGAGCGUGUUCGAGGGUUUGUGGGACGAAAUCUGCUCAGAGAGCGGAGACAGUGCUACGAGCCUAUUCUGCUGCCAGCUGAAGGAAGCAGCUCUGAAUACACUGGUGGAAAAGCACUUCCUCCCCUUCCUCAUAUCAGACCUGUCGCAUAAAGAAGAAUUCAAAGUGCUCUUCUUCCUCCCACCACGCUCUCACAUCCUGUUGAAGGUAAGCUCAGAGGAGGACGCCGUGCACUUCAACAUUGCCACGGAUAACUGGGAGCUUCUGUCACAUAUUAACUCUUACCUUCUAAAAGUCACAUCAUUACAGGAAGACACGCUCAGCUGACUGUGAUGGGCAAUAGUGGGCUGAUUUUUUUAAAAUGGAAAUGCACUUUUAACAUCCAUAUUUUUCAAAGUAAGAUGUAAACGGGACUGACUGGGGACAGUUGAUUUAAAAUGAAGAAAUUGCACUUUGAUUUUGUUGAUAUGCAAUUAAACAAACAUGAAAUGACAA